CAAUCGGCAUGCUCGGCUCAGAGCUCGGUGCAGAGCAGCUCGGUCUCGGCAGUCGGAGCUGCGGGCGCAGGGGAAACUGCGACGGCCGCGCCAAGCAUCUUCCCAGUGAUGGCCUCUGCUGAGCAGACGUGCUCCAGCUUCCACCGGCAGCACUGCGCAUAAGGCAACACACCCCACCUUUGCCCUCCUGCCCCAGAAGUGAGAGCGAGAGCGAGAGCGAGACACCACCAUGUACAGCGUGGAGGACCUUCUCAUUUCGCACGGAUACAAAUUGCCCAAGAGCGGCCCUCCCUCCGCCACGCCUUACGACAAGCGCCCCGCGGACUGCCAGCGCGAGCUGGUGGACAACCGGGCCGGCCGGGGGACGCUGAACGGGUACGAGGCGGACCGGGGCGCGACCAUCGCAGGCAUCUACGGCAGCAGGCAGGCACUGGUGAAGGGCUACCCCGCCACCGACAACGAGAGCGGGGAGAGGAUCCUGAGGAGGAAGGAAAUCGGCAUCGGUAUCCUAGGUGACGCUCAGCCCUUGGGUGAUUCUCUCGCCACGGAUAGCGGGUUCUACGAUGUCCCUAGUUUGACUUAUUCAGAGCCGCUGAGCCAUGACGAAAGGGAUAUUUCCUACUGGCGAAGGCGAGGCCAGGACUUCAGUAUCCUCCUGGACUAUGCCGAUGGCAGGGAGCUGAGGGCCUCUGCUGGUGCGUGGAGGCCACAGGCCCUGAUCGCUGCAGAGGAACACAGGGCAGAGAGGCGAGCGCAGCAGCUAUGGGAGGACAUUUCCUGGCUAAGGGAUCCAGAUGCAGCCCCUGGUCAGCUCAGGGUGACUGGGGAGAGGAAGUGUCAGAGCCUCGGUACAGAAGAGUGGAGGCCUGCUGUGGGCCUGGGAAGGCAGCUGUCGGAUGGGGAUGGGGACAGAUGGGCUCAGGAACAGUAUCGCUUGAGGACACCGGAGGGUUUUUUUCACCCUAGAACUAAAGCAAAGUCUCAGUCUCUCCCGAGAGUUUUAUCACCUGAUGGAAUUGACGGCAGAGAGCUCAUUCCAUCCAGGCCUAGCCUACCUGAUAGACAACAGAGGUUAAGCAGCACUGUCUUCUCUGGGCCCUAUAGUAGGUAUAUCUAUAGUGGUGCUGUUGGCAGGGAGCGUUGGGGUAGGAAUGCUGGGCCAAGCAGCCAUGUUGCACUUUUACCGAAGCCCAGGUUCAGCAGGCCUUUAAAGCCUCCAUCAUAUGAGAUUCACCAGCAGACUAGGGGUAGCGCAGAAAUGCUUGCUAUAGAACAGGGUGCCAAACAAAAAGAUAGGUCUGUCUAUUAUCCAAGGGGUGGGGAGCUCAGACAAGACUAUUACGCACAACACUCUGCCAUCUAUGGAAUGGAGCCCCCUGGCUACAUCCCACCCCCAUCUUAUAGAAGACCCCCUCUCCCUAGAGCAGUUUCAAUCAACCGCAAUGACAUGGUGAACCUAAGAUGGAGGGCGGAAGCUCUGCAGAUGCACAGCUCAGAUCCUGGAAGAUGGUUUUCCAGACAUGCAGGUGGUUCAUGGCUGGAGCAUUAUGGAGACCGUGGUGGAUCCUAUCGAAAACAGGUGCAUUCUGGACAUGAAGAACAACCAGAGCAUGCCCGUCAAUUACCCACUGAAGACCCAAGAGUGAAGCAAAUCUCAGGAGGGCUUGGCGGAAAUUCUCUCACCGACUCAGACAAGAUCCGUAACAUCGACAAAGAGAUUCCAUCCGCUAAGAUUUUAGGACAAUCUACACAUGAUAGUGCCUUUCCUCCCCAACAGGGUCCAGCUCUCAAUACUGAUGGCCGCAAAACAGCUCUCAUUGAAAACGACAGCAGUAUUCGAUGGUCUAACAGGGGAAGUAAAAAAAGUGACAGUGUAGCUUCUGAUCAAAACCGUAGUCUGUUUUUUCCUUCAUCUAUUCUGGGUAAACCACCACCUCCCCCAUGCAAGCCGGCUGAUCAGGGUGUCUCUGAAACUGUGACAGAGGUAAAAAAGGUGGAGCUACCUGAUCCACCAGAGAAAGACAAAAACAAGAAUCUAAAAAAGAGACUUAGUGAGACAAUUUUUUGUUUGGUGUCUGUCCCUGCUACUCCGCAGCUCACUGGGACAAUCCGUGAUCAGAAUAACAACAAUGAGAAGUCACCAGACCCAGCAGACAGUCCAAGUGAUAAUAAAACUGGCCACUUAACAAACCAAAGUCUCCAAAGCACAUCUUCAGCAGAAGCUGAGCUGCAAGCACUUACUGGUAGCAUAGCGAGCAGCAAAACAAGCAGUAGAGCAAGCAGCAAAAUGUUUAAAAAGUUUCCCUGCAGACCCCCUAAAAUAAACCAUUACAAGGAGCUGAAACUGUCGGGAUCCUGGCCUUCAAACCAGUAUCGAGACCAGGAGACACAAACUAGCCCAGAGGCCCGAAAACCUGAUCCUGAAAACAAGGAAGCACAAGAAGAACCUGUCCCUCCCGACACUGAAGACCCUCCUGACAGCAGUGGCGCAGUGGGCUCUUCCUUCACUUUUCCUAUAAAGGGAGUGAAGAGUCUGAAACUGUCAAGCAACAGCGCCUUCUCCCUGACAGCCACCUUCUCCAACCAGCUGAACAAGAGCACAGCUCAGCAGCCAGCAGUACCAGCCUCAGGAAAUGUGGAGGAGACCAAACCAGCAGCAAACACUGGACAGGAGGCAUUUGAACAGUUCCUACUGAAACCGAUCAUCCAGCGGCCAUGGGAUGCCGUCAAAGAGCUUGAGACCAUCAAAAAAGAAGUCCAGGAUCAACAGCAGCAGCAGAGCAGCAAACAGCCCAGCGUUGAUAAGUGCAUAGAGGACCUCAAUGAGGCUUACAAAGACAUCUUGGAGCUAGGCACUGCCAGCAAUAAAGUCCCCAAUGGUUCUGUACAAAUCCCUGAGCGUAUCAAAAUCCGAUUGACAUCAGAACCUCUCAACAAGCCCAGCAGCCUUAGACGCAGUGCAGUAAGCUGGUCUGUUGACCCAGAAUACAGGGAAGUCAAGAGCGCCUUCUCCAGGCCUGCAACAAAAUCAGUGACUUUCAGCAAGCAGCUUAGGGAGGAACUUCCCGUCCCACCUCGGGAGACAGGCUUUAGAGAAUACAGGGUCAUUUCGCACCUUUCGCGCAGACGGAGCAAUGAUGGCAGGACAGUAAAACUAGAUCUGCCAGAUGAGCCCAUCGAAACACCACUUUGUGACUUCAGUCCAACAACGCACACCACAUCAGCUGAGGUGCCCUGGGCAGACAGACAGCCCAUGCAGGAUGCCUCUACACUCACUAGUCCUCCAGAUUAUGAGGACAUAUGCCAGACUUUGCGUCACCCUAGAGACCCAACGGAUGUCAAUAAAGCAUCCACAGGCAAUUCAAAGCCUAAUGACGCAGAUUCUCUUCAAGAUCCCAGUGCUGAAUCAGAAGAGGAUUGCCCUAUUUGUAAACGAGAGCUUGAGAAUCAGAUGAGACAGGGCACACUGCCUCCACUGCAUGAGGAGAACAGCUCAGACAGUUCAGCCAAUCAAAAUGGCAGUCCACCACAAUGUGCUGCCUUAGAAAGUCCAGCAGAAGAUUCUAUAACAGAGGAGCCAAAUGACUCAAGUCUGAAUCAGUCAGGGUCUGAUCCUUGUGCUGCAACAAGGGAGCAGCAUUCAUUGACACAGGAAAAUUUGGGAGGGGAUGAAAAAACAGACAGUGCUCAGGCAGUAAACUUUGACAAUUUGGGUGCAGUUAAUCUUGCUGAGAGCAUACCAGCGAAUGGAGCUACAGAGGCGAGCACAUCCACAAUAUUAGCAAAUGAUGUGCCUGCAGACCCCCAAGUCACAGAGGAACAUAGAGUCUGUGAAACAGUAGCCAAGGAAGUACAAGUAGGAGAGGAUGAGGCUAGUAUAGGGGAAACACCUGAAGGCAGUGCAGACAAAACUGAAGGGAAAUAUGAAUGUGAGAGACAAGACAAUACAAUGCGUGAUGACGAGCAGGAGCGAGAGAAGAAGCCUUCUGCUGUCCCAGAGCAAAGAGUUGUUCUACGGACUCAUCUUGGGCGAGACCACCCAGGGUUACCAGAGUUUCCACCAGAUAGACUGCCACUUUCAGUUCCCCCAAACCUAGACCGCAGGCUGUCUCUUAGCUUGGAGGGAGAGAGGCGGAGCAAGGGGCCAUCCAACCGAAUGGAGGCAUUGCAGAACAAGCUGGCUAUUUCUCCAGGACGGGUGGCAGUUGAGCGCCUGGCCCGGAUGAGGGACGUGGACAUUAUGUAUCGUAUGAGGCGCCUCAGCAUCAGGAGUACUGACUCUGGGGAAGGGGAGGCAGAGGGCGAGGGCAAGGAUGAACAAGUUGAGGAGAUCCACCUUGGGCCUCAGAAACACAAGGAGAAUGACCAAGAGAUCACCAAUUCACAGCAGGUCUCCGUGGAGACAGUGUUACAAAAUGAGGAGGAGUCAUCUCUCUCAGAACCCCAUGAUCCCAGCCGAGUGGAGACUUUGUAGAAAGACUACGACCAUCAUCUCCAUCUGAGGUUAUUAGCUCCAACACUGUGACCUGGCUGCCUACUAGAAUGCCUUCAUCUCAUUUUGACACUGAAAUGGCCUUCUUGUCCGACAAGAGCAUUGUGUACACCCUCACCCCUCGGAGCUGCGUUGACUUCUAAGAGUGCUGUUCCACUGCCAAAGGGAGGUACCCCUUUAACCUGAGGGGCAACUUCCACUCCGAAAUCCCUCCCCGGCCUUCCCAAACUGACUACCCACUACCCCAUCUGUCCUUCAUCCCCAAGCCCAUCCUCUUAUAGGGUUUCUACUAGUUAGUCUUCUUGUAGCGGCUUUUCCUUUCUAUUCAAACCUCCCUAUGCUUUUCUCAUUGGCAGACAUUAUGCAAUUCUGUCGCGCAUACUAGAACUUCUUAAAUGUCCAUAGUGAAUACAGUUGAGACAUUUUUUCGUAUUCUGAACAAAUCUGUAUGUUUACAGGCGAGCCGUUAAGGAUAUGAAUGUAAGCAUUUAUGUUUAACCUAGCAUAGACGUAGAAGGGUUACCGUCACAAACCUGUUCUGUUGCAUUUAACGUACACCAAAAUAAACUGCGUAUCUGAUUGUUGUGGUGCGGAAACAGCUGUUUUAGAACUGGACAUCACUGUCUCUGGCUCGAGAACUGUUUUGAUUUUCAGAUGAGAUGAAUCAGCCUUUCCUUUUUUUAAAUUUCAUGACAUUCAACCCUUUCUCAUUGCUUUUGUACACACUGCAACCACAACCAUAACAAAAAGAGCUCUUCAAUGAAGAGUGACUCUUUACCACAUGACAUGAUGGAUCAGUGACCUGUUAAACGUUACACUGGUUCUACACUGGAGAGGGAGAGUUGCCUUCUUUAACCAGGUGUGUAUUUCCUGGUUGGAUCAGGUGAAGUCUCUGCUUGAUUGCCUGAACAAUCUGGCCUGAUCUGAUGUUUGGCUCCCAUUUCCAGGUAAUUUCAGGAAGCAAUAAAGGCACAGAUAGUAUUUGAAAUGGUGGUCAGCAACUUUGAUAAGUAUUAAAGAUUGAUAUAGGGAAAAAACGAACAGAAAAAAGAUCCAUAGAGCAAUACUCUUGUAUAAACAGCUCAGUGGUGGAGUGGAACUAGAUGUAGGAACCAUGGUCAAGAGUUUUAAUGUGAGCGUGUCAUUCAAAUUAUACUACAGGGAUACGGAAUUGUGUCAGGGUAUAUGGGCGCUUAACAGGGGGCGGGUGUUUACUUCAUGAUAUACAGUAUCUCUAUGUUCAUACAUCUGUAAGCAGAAGACGACAUUUCACGGAAUAUUUAUUUUUUUGAUCAUCAAAUUGUUAAUGAGUUUGCAUAAUGUACAAAAUAAAGUAUAUUUUAAAUAUUUUAAGAGAUAUUUUGUAUUCAACCAUGAAAUAUUAUUUCUCCACGCUUAUAUCAAAAGCUGAAAGUAUCAUAUGUCUGUACAGUAUCAUAUUAAGAGUAUACAUAAUUUUCUAGUGCUUUAAAAAUCGAAUGGCGUGACAUUGGAAGGGAUGACCCUGUGGUGUGCCUUGAUCACACGAUUCGGUUUCAGUGAGCGAUUAGGGUUCAUCAAUGCGAGUGUUGACGUGAUUGGAAACUUUUUGAUUGUGCCAUGAUUUCCUAUUUGAUCGUGCUUUUUCAUACGCUAACAGUGUCAUUGUUGGAGUCUCCUCGUGAUGUUUGAUGCGUAUAUCCAUCUCUCUGCUUUUAUUUCCGAUGUCGUUGGUCAGACAUGGCCGCUGUCUUAUUUAUGUCUUUGUACGUCUUCCAAUUCAGAUCAUGUAUUGUUCUGUUCUGUUUCUUCAAAACUUGUUUAGAAAUAAAAGUGGGACUUUUUUUCUUCCUUUUCCUUCCUUCUACCCUUCCUUUCUCUCCUCCGCCUAAAUCCCUCUUUCCUUUCUUUGUUUCUUUCACUCAAAAGCGUGUUCAUUUUGUGUAAAUUGUCGUGCUGUCAGUAACACUUAUUGCACUAAUGGAUACAAUGCGGUAUGCUAUUCUUGGCUAAAAACCAUGUAUUUGCAAAAAGUAUUAAAAAAAUUUGAGAUUUUUUUUUAAUACAGGGGUUUUUGAUAAAUUAAAACCAUAACUCAGAAUGUAAAUAAUGACAAAAAAAUCUUGUGGAUUAAAAACAAAUUUGCCUUUACAUGUUUUUUUCCAGAACAGCAGUGUUGCAUUGGUACAACGUAUCAACAACAGAUCUGUAGGAACCCAUCACUGUUCAAUCGUUCAUUCAGUAUCACUUAAAUGUUAUGUAGCAUUUUUACAGUUGUAGCAUUUUAAUCAACUCAGAACUUUUGUCUUGGUAUUUCAAACGUUUCUUGUAAAUCUGGGUCAUGUCGCCUUAUUCUGUGUGCAUUACAUUAUACUCCAGGCAAUGCCAAAUAUUAAUGUACUAAGCACUGUUUCAUACCUUAGGUUUUUUACCAACAACUCGUUCUGCCAUCCCUCUGGCUGGAGAGGUACAGUAGCAUAGUUUCUGCUCUUCAUGCUGUUCAUCUGUAGGAACAUUGAAUCAAAGCUGUGAACUUAGAAUAAUAUAAAAAGUAUAGUUGUUUAAAAAAAAAAAAAAAAAAAAGAGUACAGGAUGAGAUUCAGUGUUUUAAAA